GAAGAAGGUAGCCGUUGUCGACACUUUUCAACACGCCCAAACCACAACACCGCCGUCAUGCCUCACUCGUACGGUCUGCGCGCCGGCACUCGGUAUGCCUUCGCCCGUAACUUCAAGGAACAUGGCAUGAUCCGCCUGUCCACUUACAUGAAGACCUACCGUGUCGGUGAUAUUGUCGACCUGAAGGUUAACGGUGCCGUCCAGAAGGGUAUGCCCCACAAGGUCUACCACGGUAAGACCGGUGUCGUCUACAACGUUACCAAGUCCUCCGUCGGUGUCCUCCUGUACAAGCGCGUCAACAACCGCUACCUCGAGAAGCGCAUCAACGUCCGCGUUGAGCACGUCCAGCACUCCCGCUCCCGCGAGGAGUUCAUCAACCGCGUCAAGGAGAACGCCAUCAAGAAGCGCGAGGCCAAGGAGAAGGGUGUCCACGUUCACCUGAAGCGCCAGGCCGUUGGCCCCCGUUCCGGCCACCUCGUCUCCUCCGCCGGCAACGCCCCCGAGACCGUCGUUCCCAUCGCCUACGACACCCACAUCUAAGCGGCUCUCCCGUCGUUUGAGGUUUUACUGGGUUUGGUGUUGUUCUUUUUACAAAACUGGGUUUUUACUCUGGCCGUCUUUCUUAUUCGAGAGUUGUCGGGUGGAAAGGUGGACCGUUCUGGCUGCAUGAGACGACGCGUGAAGGGUUUCCGAUUGCCCUGGCACAAUCUCGAGCCUCUGCAUAGAUUCCCCUGAAUGAAACAAAAUCAAAAAUUUCCCGAGUUCAUGAUUUAUUCUUAGUGUUGAUGAGGCUGGUCCUAUAGGCCCUUGGGUCUAGGCUUACCAGCAAGAGCGGAAUCGUGCCCGUAGUAAUAUUAUCUACCAGGUACUACUUCUAGGACUGGGCCUGGCCCUGGCUAGUAUUUGCGGCGGAUUGUAAUCUGUACAAUAUAUUAAGUCAAGGAUAGGAUAAUGAGAGUUCGCUCUAGAUCAGUCUGGCCCUCGUGGGAACCUGAUCGACAAACCCCCCAAGUGCCCGAAGAUCCUCACAUGUCCGCGAUAGAGCUCAGGCGACCGAUACGCAUGACUUCAUGCGAAUACUUAGCUCCUUCACGAGCACCACGUCAAUGCACAC